AUGCAUUUUAUUCAUCUGGCAAAAGCUUCCACCUUGGCGAUCAUCCUCUUCCCUCUGAUCGCCAUCUCUCAUGAACGCUGCGGGGUCUCAACCAUUGUUUCUGCAGCACCAACCAAUUUGAAAGCAGGAUCAUGGAUCAACAAACGCCUGCAUGUGUCAAGGGCACCUAGAGCUGAAACCAUCGAUGGCGCCCAUAUUCUGCUCAAGAACGAUGUCGAUACCUCGACACCUCGGUAUUCGUUUUUGCUGUUGUCUAAACCACGGAACUAUUAUGAGGCUGCCGAUGCCUGCGAGUUUAUGUCUGACAGCGCAUUUCUCUAUGUUCCUGAUUCACCAGCUGCAAAGGAACUAAACGAGCUGUUGAAGAACAACCCAACUGCACAGCCAGAAGUAGCAGCCUCCACCAACUUUUGGGUCCUCAGCACCUUACCUAGUGUCGGAUGCAGGUCGCUGAGCAAGAACACCGAAAAGACAGAAUCCUCGCCCUGUAUCACAAAGCUUCCCGUUAUAUGUGUCAACACCGCUCCACGACGCACCCUCGCUGUCCAAGAUAUCACCCGCCAAAUCUCUGUCAAGACAGCUAUCGGGACCAUCCAAGGAUUCCGUGACCAAAACUCGUUCAGGUUCCUGGGUAUUCACUACGGAGAGGCACCCGUGGGUAACUUGCGGUUCGCGGCACCGGUUGCUAAGGCACCCUUUACGUCGACUCUGGAUGCGACUGCGUUUGGAUAUGUUUGUCCCCAACCGGCGUUUGCUAUUCCCACUGCGGGUUCGCUGAACAACGGUGCUGAGGCGGAUGAGGAUUGUUUGAACCUUAAUGUCUUCACGCCCAGUCUCAAGAGCAAGACGCAGAAUGGGUUGCCAGUCAUGGUCUACAUCCAUGGUGGUGGAUACACCUCAUUCGCGGGAUCGACGGUCUUGUUCGAGCCUGGCAAUCUCGUCUCUCGAGGAGGCGUGGUAGUCGUGACGAUUAACUACCGUCUGGGUCUGCUGGGAUUCACCGAGAGCCCAGACUUCCCUCGCACGGACGUCCCUGGAAACCAAGCCAUUCACGACACGAUCAUGGCUCUCCGCUGGGUGAAAGACCAUAUUGCUAACUUCGGAGGUGACCCUAGUCGGGUCACUGUCUUUGGAGAGUCUGCUGGUGCCGUGACCAUCCGAGCCCUUUUGUCUGCUUCCUCUUCUUGGGACCUGUACAGCAACGUCAUUGGCCAGAGCGAUCCUAUCGACAUACCUUUCAAGUCCCCGAAGGACGCAGCUGAGCUCUCGACCUACUUUUUUGAGGCUUUGAAUUGCGGAACCACGGAUAUUGCUUGCGCCCGGUCAAAGCCCAUCGCCCAGGUCUUGAUAGCCCAGGGUCUGGCAAACGACAAGAUGUUGGCGGCACAGAACUGGACCACCAACUGCUUGGUUGAACGACCUACCAUCGACGGCACCUUGAUCCCAGCUGAGUUUAGCGACCUUGUCAAGAGGGGCCACUUCAACUCAAAAGCGAACAUCAUGUGGGGUACCACCAGGGACGAAGCCGGUCGGUUCUUGGAAGCGUACAUACCGGUCCCUUAUCCUGCAAACUCAAGCAACUACCAAACAGUCUUCCAGGGCCUCUUAGGACAGCAACGCCAAGAAAGGCUCAUCCAGAGUGGACUCAUCGAAAAGUACGGUCUCAACUCGGACUCUCAGGAACUGAUGAACUACUUUUAUACGUCGUUUUACUUCUACUGUCCACUCCAGUACAUCAGUCGUCAAAUCGCCGCCCAAUCAACCACACCUCACAUCUACAACUUCCAGUUCAACCGAGGCCGCGGCAUCCCUAUCGUCGACUCUGGCACCCGAUUCUGUGCUUCCGACAAGCAUAUCUGCCACGCAAAGGAUAUCAUCCCCGUCUUUGGUAGCGGUGCCAUCGCACCAUCCACCUUCCAGACUGGAGAAGACGCCCGCUUCGCCCGCCAGAUUAUCGAUCGUUGGACUACAUUCGCCAAGACUGGUAAUCCGAACCCCUCUCCAGAUUUAGUCGGUGUCGAGAACACCAACCCGGAUGUGACGAGUAUUCAAUGGACGCCAUAUCAUGCACAGAACCCGGUUCUAGAGCUUGAUUUGGAGAGCAAGAUGGUUCUGCAGGGGAUGCAGGAGGUGUGUGGGUUUUUUGAUGAGAAGAUCAAGUAUGAUUUUGAUUGGCGGAAUCCCACUAGUCCACUCUCGCAGUCGUAG